GAUGAAAUUCAGUUGACCUCCUACCCACUUAUUAUGUAAUAUAGACGCGUAUCCGUAGAUACAGAGGGCGCUAUUUGAAUUACAGUAAUCAACAAAAACUUCAGGAUCAAAAAUUGAUUAACGAGACAUGAAGAUGAUGCGGCAGGAGAGAUCAUAAUGUUGAUUAAGAAUUGAAUGAAUCUAAUUUGAAAGAAAUGAAAAUGCAUUCGGAUGAGGAUGAAGAUGAUGAAACGAAAGAGGGCAUCUUCCUGACACAAACAAAAUCUGAAGCGAGCCUACAAGAUAAUGUGAGACAGCGAGGUGAACAGAUUCAGGAAACAGAAAUCGGUUUUGCUACUGAGGAUGAACAUUAUGUUGCAGAUGUUGAGAAUUUGGUGCUUGCAGAAGAAACAUCUCGUGUACAUUCACAGGUUACGGAGACUGUUUCUAAAGAAGCUGAUGAUGGUAAAUUGGACAGUAAGGGCAAUAUUGAAGGUGAAGAUGAUGACCGUAGCAUAAAAACAAGUUUGUUUUAUAAUUACGUUCCUCAAGGAUUUCAGCUCAAGAGCUUUUAUAUGCACAGCAAGAAACUCACAGACCUUGUUGAUGUGACCUAUAAUCCACGAACUAGAGAAUUCAUUUUUUUAGACACACGAGGAAUCACAACAUGGAAUAAAGACAGCGUACAUAAUAAAGUGACCAGAGGCUUGAAUUACCCGAAGUAUCAAAAUAAACUUCUAGUGAAGAUAAUUUAUGCAAGGAAAUUCAAUGUUUACUUCUGUAUUGCAAAAGAUUUUUCAUUAAAGGUAUUAAACAUGAACUUUGAGGAGACGUGCAAUGUUGAUUCUGAUCUAAGCUCCGUCAUGUUCUUGAUCUUUAACCCUGUGCGAGAUGAGUUGAUAACAGGAGGAGUGAAGGGAACCAUGGUGUGGGAGUUCCGCCAGGAUACUGACAGGGUCUGGACAGAAAUCAAACCAAUGGCUAAUUACGCUCUGUUUUUUCAGCGAGAGCUGAAGUGUGUUGGGGGAAGCUGGGUAAAGAAGAUUGAGUUGGAUCAACAUCAGCAAUACCUUUAUUGCUGCUCAGAUACUGACGUCAUUUGCUAUGACAUACAUGGACGACUUGUUUUUAAACUUGUCGAUGCACAUCAAUCCCAAAUUACUGGAUGUAAAUACUCGCCUCAAGCUAAGCUGCUUGUAACAUGCUCAGCAGAUACGAAUGUCAAAGUAUGGAGUAUGACUGGCGGACAUGUCCAUACAUUCCGAGGCCAUUCACGAGCAGUGACCAACAUCCUGCUUCAUCCAGAAUCUCCAUCAGUGGUGCUAACAUCCUCUAUGGACGGAUCAGUCCGUCUCUGGUCAUUAGAAAUUAUGGAAAUGCUGUAUUCAAUUGUAGUGUCAACUGAAGGGAUCCAAUGGAUUGGUUUGACGGGCGAGAACUAUCUAUGGACAGCAACUAAGCGUGAUGUUAGUGUAUGGCACCUGAACUACGUGGAGGAGCUUUACACAUUGGCCAGGUCCAAGAUCACAUCCAUCAAAGUGCUACAUUGUGUGGGUAAAACCAGUCGGGUUGUAGCUGUUGGAGAUGAUAGCAGUAUACGAUUAGUGUCCAUCAAGCAUCGCAAAAACCUGUCCACUGUGCUUCCACCUCCCAACAUCUCGCCAUUGGAGAAGCUCUUAGGAAUGGCAUAUAAUAGGGAAUAUAGUUUGGCCUACCUGUUAGUAACACCGUUGGAAAUAUGGGUGUACACAAUGAGGACUGACCCAGCUUGUCGCAUAGCCAUUUGGGAUGUCUGCCGUGUACAGGAUAAGAUACAACGGUGUCAGUCUGUUAGCACCGCUACAACUCCUCUACCAGGGCAAGAAAGGUCUGCUUCACCACUGACAGCAAGAUGGAGGCAGAACCAGGAGAGCUCACCUACUACUUCUAGGGCGGAGUGCACUUCACUGACCAUCCUCAACAAGCCUAUCAUGUAUAAAGGAGAAGAAGGCUAUGUCUGCCCAGUCAAAACAAAUUUCCUAGUGCUAGGAAUGCAGGAUGGACGAAUUCUUUUUAUGGAUCCCAUUAAAUUUGCCUUGAAUUACUAUGAAUUCAAAGCAUACAAAGAUGCAAUUUUGGAAAUAAAUGUGGACGAAGCACAUUGUCUCCUCACCACCAAGUGCAAGUCUCGCACCGGUGCCAUGUUCCGAUUUUGGGAUCUCCCAAGCUUGACCCUGAAAUAUGAGGUCAAUACAGACGAGGACACCAUUGCCUAUGCACUACUAGAUGAUGUAUUCUUAACAGGUCAUGUGACUGGCCAUAUAGCUCUUUACAAAUUGCUUGAGCUACAUCAACCCACAACAAAGUUAUACUAUGGUAGAAUGGAAACAGUUGCGCACCCACAUCAAAAUGAGCUGGUUCAGUCCAAGGUAGAACACAUAGGGGCCGUAGUUGCUAUUGAUUCAUGUCCUGAAUUACAGAUCUUCGUCUCAUGCGGUGAGGAUAAUGUUGUAAAAACUUGGGACAAGAAUAAGACAGUACUUACUGAGGUCAUCCUUAAUGAACCAAUCAGCGCUGCUCAUUUUCUCAAUGUGAAAGGAGACCUUCUGAUUGGUUACAAGAAUCAUUUAUUCACCAUUCAUCAUACCAAAUUGUUGUCUCAAGAUUUGAAUUCAGCUUCCAUUGGCAGCUUUGUCGAAUCAGAAUCUGAUAUCUAUGAAGACCCUGCUGUGAGGUUUGAAGGAGUUUCUGCAAAUCCUGAUCCGCUUAACAUGGAACGAUACCUAGUUCCUUACAAUUUGGACUUCAGCAAUAAAUUUCUGGAAGGAGAGAGUUCAGAAUCUGAGAAGGCAUCAGAUGAGGAAUAUGAAGAAGAUUCUGACAGUGAUAUGUCAUUGGCUCCAACUGAAGUCUACAUAUCACCAAAUGGAACUCCACGCUGCCUGUCGUUUGUAGACAUGAUCCUAAAUAGUGAUUUAAAUGAACAUGACAUCAAGACCAGAUGGGUAAAAUUAAAAAUGGAAAAGAGUAAUCUAAGGAAGAAGGAAGUCGAUGACAUCAAAAGUGGAUUGGAGGACAUUGAAAUGCCAAAGUUUGGCACUUCGCCAGGUCCAUCUCCAACAGUAACACCACCCUCUACGCCAGAGUUUAGCUCAUCAUCCGAGGAUGAAGAUGAAACUGGUGAUUUACAGGAAGAUGAAUCAUUGAGCCCUGUAGACACCCAGUCUCUAGCUUUAGAUUUUAAGUCAUUGAUUGAAGUGCAGCAGCCUGAACCGCUGCCUGUUAAGAAAACACCUGAAGAGAAGCCAGCAUUGGAAGAGGUUUCCAGGUUUAGUCUCUCCAGGUACAAGAUUGAUGCUAACUCAUUGAUGAAGGAUUCUAAGGAUUUUAAACAACCCGUCGCUAAAGAGACUGCGAGUUCUCAGCAAAAGAAUAAAACAGUUGCAAAGAAAGAAGAAAUCAUAGAAAAACCCAGUUCAGCUUCUAGAAGAGUUAUUCAGAAAAAGAAACAAAAAGUGAAUAAAGUUCUGGUGAAGGAGAGAGUUCAGUCAUCAACCAAACAGAGAACACCUUCAAAUGCUGAAGUGGAAAUGUCUAGAUUAGAACCUGAUAAUGCUUCUUCUGAAGAUCAGUUGCCUAUGAAGGAAGAAAUCGAAGUAACAGAGGGCAUAGACGAAGUCAAAGAUGUACCCACGGAAGAAAGUUAUACAGAAACAAAGAAGGUCCGUUCUAUUCAGUUCUCAGACCAAGCUCUCCAACCAAGUGAUUCCCAACUUACAUCUGCACCAGAGUUAGUUCCUUCAGAAAAAUCAUUGCCAAGAAGUCAUAGCAGCAACUCCAAGAGUAGUGAAGUAUCUGGUGGAAAGAAGUCUUCUAUGUUUAGCAGUUGGAAAAAGAAGAAACCAACGUCUGCAGUUAGUGGCACUGAUCUCAGUGAGGAUUCAGAGUCUGAUGAUUCGACCAACAUCACCAUUCCAGAUGGAAGCUUGAUAGUAGGUGUCACACCUCGAUCACCUAAGGAAAAACUUAGGCAUGGAGCGACUUCAAAACAUGGAGAGAAGUCAAAACAUGAAGAGAAGUCAAAACAUAGAGAGAAGAUAAAGCAUGGCGAAAAGUCAAAAAAUGAAAAGAAGGCACCAAAAUCUUCAGCAACUGGAAGCAUCUCAUUUUUAAAAGCAGCUUCAAGAUUGUCUAUUACUGAGAAGUAUAGUCUCCACAAGGCUUCCAAGAGAUCAGUUGGCAGAGGAACUCCAGAAGGCAGACCAGCUUCAGUUGCUAGCACUUCUGAUGGCUCUAUUCAACGCACUGCAAGUCCAUGUAUUUCUAGUCGAGUAACGAGUGCUGGUGGUCUUGCUACUCCAAGCCUAGAGGAUUCUAACCAAGCUGAUGAAGAGCAUGGCACAGGUGAAGCUAGGAGCAGUUCAACAAAUGGCAUGCACUUCAGCAAACCUAGGCCUAAACAAACCUUAAUGGGAAAAGGUUUGAAGUCCUUGAUGAGGCUACAGCAUAAUAGAGACACAGAUGAGUAUGUUGACAUAGAGGAAGGCAUGGCUUCUGCAAAGGCGGCUUCAGAGAGACUUACUCAUCCAUUGUUUUCUGAUGUAUAUAUUCCUUUGAAACCUACUAUUAAAGAUGGAACCCAAGCAAGACCAAAUACUGCCGAGCAUAGUACCAGUAGAAGACAUUCAUUGGAGCGCCCUCAUACUGUUGCUACUGGUGAUGUUCAUGCAACGUAUUCAAAUGAUGAGUAUUUUGAUGCCGACUUCAUACAGAGAUAUUUAAGCUGUCCUGGGAGUCCUGUUGACAUGUUCCGCUUAUUAAGGAAUGAUGGAACAAAGUUUGAGGACAAUUGGCAAGGUCGAAUGAUAGAGAGGAAUCAUAUACUCAAACUUAAGAAGGAGCAACGUGCCCGCUUUGCAUUAGAGAGACGCCGGUCGUUGGAGCUGCGUCAAAGACAGCGAAGGCAGGCUCUUAUGGGGCAUCAUCACUGCUCUAAUGAUACAUCAGGCCACCAGACUUUAUUACAUUGUAUGACACGUUCUGACAGUUCUCUUGAUCUUCUUAAGAAGGACCAAUCACAAAGAGCUUCCACACUUAAGUCCCCGGCACCUCCAGGCACUCCACCGCCCCCACAACCCAAGCAUUAUAAGGAGGUGAAUGACUUAAGCAAAGAGCAAGCUUACAGAUUUCGACUAGCUAAAGAUCCAAAAACGCACCAAUUUAAAACUACUGAGAUGUUUGAAAGGGCUGAAGGAAUAUCAAGUCCAAUGCUUUUAAAGCGUCCUCCUACUGGCAAGUCCAUCCCCAGUAAAGCAAAGUUCGUUUUAAUUAAACCAUUUAAUACCACACCAAUGAGAUUGACACCAUCACCACUGGAAGAGCAACUGCUGGUUGAACGGUUUCCAAUGAUGAGCGAACGAAUUCGCCAAGAUGCGUUAAAAAGGAAUGCACCGACUCCUAGCCUAUUGGUAUCAAAUGUGCCUUACAAUUAAACAUAUUUAUUUGUUACAAUUAGUUAACCAUCGACCAAAUAUUUUUUUUAAAAGAUAACUUUAUAUUUUUUGAUAAAUGACCAUUUCUAUUUAAAAUUCAUUAUAUUAUUUUCUUACUGGUUAUAACACUCUUGACCGCCAGGGGUUUGAAAAAAUAGUUUCAGCCACCACCAGACUUUUUAGCAAAUUUAAUAAUCGCGAUUUCGUGAAAGUAAAUCAAUGCCGCUCUUCUACGCUAAUGUAAUCAAACAAAUAGUGAAAUACCUACGGUCUAGACUGACUAUUGUGUUCAAAUUGUUAGUACAUGUCGGCAAUUAUCCCAUAUAUCGGAUUCCGUAAAAAAACCUGAAACAUGGUGAUCUCAGUGUUUGGUGGUCAAGUGUUGUGUUACCAAACACAGAGAUCUCCGUGUUUGGCGGUCAGCAUGUUAAUAACUCUAGAACCUUAUGAAGAAGUCAUUAUUGAAAUGUACAGUUUCAAAUUAUUAAUAUUAAUUUUUAUAUUUUUUUAUGCGAGUUGUGUAUACAGACCACAUUCCGUCCACAAUGAAUUGUCUUCCAAACGUGUGUUUUACAUUUUCAUGUUUCGUGCAAUAACUGAUAGAAAUGCCAAAUUGUUAAUAUAAUAUAAAUAUUGAUUGAAUAUGCAGAGGUGGCCUCAGAAAUUUGCCAACAGGGGGUCAAACUAGUCUAAAAGUCUGGCAGUGGGUCUGAACCAAGGUGCAGAGAGGAUCUUUAUACACCACACUGCAGAUAGAUAAAGGGGUAAGGGGGAUGAUUAUAUUGGCUAAGUGUAGUAAAAUAGUGGUUUUAGUCACAAUACAUUUUUUUGGGGAUUGGAAAAUUUACGACGACUUUCAGUGGAUCUUAACUAUAGGGGUCCAUGCUUCCAAUAGGUGUUGGUGGAAUUGCAUCGCUGAUUAAAUGAAGUAGGUAUAAAUGCAUACUGUACACUUAUUUUAUAUACUGUAUAGUAAUGUUCAUGUAUGCGUAUGUGGUACGCAUGAAUGUGAGAGUGUGGAUUAGCAUGAAACAAUUUUCGAUUUUCUAAUGAUUCACAUCCAGCAAAACCAUAACACCUAGGCCUAUCACUUAAAAUAACCCAUCCCAUUAUCAUUUCCUGUCAAUAAUACACCUUGAUUUUGCCGUUAAUACGUUUUAGAAUAAGAUGAGUCUGUAUAAAAUAUUAA